GCUACAAAAACCACUGCAAUUUCUCUCUCCUCAGCUAACAAAAACAAGUAUAUACAGAAAAAAGGGUAAACAAAAAAAAUAAAAAAAUCCGUAGUCAAAAUAAAAACAGCAGCGGAGACUCGCCAAAGAGCCCUUCCAAACUCGACUCCUCGAGCUCCUCCGAUUCCUUGCUCGCGAUCGAAGCUCACCUCAUCGUGGCCUGCUCUAUAUGCUGCAUCGAAAGCGAGGUGAAAGAGAAGACGUCGAGAUCGAGGAAGGGGACAGCGGAUCUGUGAACAACAAGAAGCAAAGGGUCGAUUCAGAGGCUUCGUCGUCGUCGAGAGCGAUGGAUUCUAAUGGCGCGAACGGGAACGAGAAGACGGCGGCCAUGGGGAAUGAGAUCGAUGAGGAUCUGCACAGUCGACAGCUGGCGGUUUACGGGAGGGAGACUAUGAGGAGGCUCUUCGGUUCGAAUGUUCUUGUUUCGGGUCUCAAUGGCCUCGGUGCUGAGAUCGCAAAGAACCUUGCUCUUGCUGGAGUAAAAUCUGUUGCCCUUCAUGAUGAAGAAUCUGUAGGAUAUUGGGACUUGUCCAGUAACUUCUUUUUCUCUGAGGAUGAUCUUGGUAAGAAUCGUGCUCAAGCCUGUGUCCAGAAGCUGCAAGAGCUCAACAACGCUGUCUUGAUAUCUGCUCUCACUGAAAAAUUGUCAACGAAAUUACUUUCUAAUUUCCAGGCUGUCAUUUUUACCGAUAUAAGUUUGGAAAAAGCAAUUGAAUAUGAUGAUUAUUGUCACAACCACAACCCUCCAAUUCCUUUUAUAAAAACUGAAGUUCGAGGCCUUUUUGGCAACGUGUUUUGCGACUUUGGUCCAGAAUUCACAGUUUUGGAUGUUGAUGGAGAGGAACCACAUACAGGCAUAAUUGAAUCUAUCAGCAAUGGUAGUCCUGCACUUGUAACUUGUGUUGAUGAUGAGCGGAUUGAGUUUCAAGACGGAGAUCUUGUUGUGUUUUCUGAGAUUAAAGGAAUGACUGAGCUAAAUGAUGGUAAACCAAGAAAAGUUAUAAAUAAAAGGCCAUACUCAUUUUGUAUAGAGGAAGACACAACAAACUUUGGUGCAUAUGAAAGAGGUGGUUUAGUCACACAGGUAAAACAGCCUAAAAUCCUGAAAUUCAAACCUCUAAGAGAGUCCCUGGGAGAUCCUGGAAAUUUCAUGCUGAGUGAUUUUUCAAAGUUUGACCGCCCGCCUCUGUUACACCUGGCUUUUCAAGCGUUGGAUAAGUUUAGGCUCGAGUUGGGGCGUUUUCCUGUUGCUGGAUCUGAGGAUGAUGUCCAGAGGUUGAUAGGCUUUGCUACUAAUAUCAAUGAAAGUUCAAGGGAUGGUAAAGUGGAUGAGGUGGAUGAUAAACUUCUGAGGUAUUUCACUAGUGGUUCAAGGGCAGUAUUAAAUCCUAUGGCUGCAAUGUUUGGCGGUAUUGUUGGCCAGGAGGCUGUUAAAGCUUGCUCAGGGAAGUUCCAUCCUAUUUUCCAGUUCUUUUACUUUGAUUCUGUUGAGUCUCUUCCUGUUGAACCGCUGAAGCCUGAAGAUUUGAAACCUUUGAACUCUCGCUAUGAUGCCCAAAUUUCUGUUUUUGGAUCCAAGCUUCAAAGGAAACUUGAACAGGCCAAUGUUUUUAUGGUAGGCGCCGGUGCCCUUGGUUGUGAGUUCUUGAAGAAUUUUGCUCUCAUGGGAGUUGGUUGCAGUCGCAAAGGGAAGUUAACCAUAACAGACGAUGAUGUGAUUGAGAAGAGUAAUCUCAGUCGCCAGUUUUUGUUUCGUGAUUGGAAUAUUGGCCAAUCAAAAUCUAUGGUUGCUGCUACUUCUGCCAGUACAAUCAACCCUGCUCUCCAUGUUGAACCUCUUCAAAACCGAGCAAGCCCAGAGACUGAAGAUGUAUUCAAUGAUGCGUUUUGGGAGAGGUUGGAUUGUGUUGUCAAUGCUUUGGACAAUGUGAAUGCCAGACUGUAUAUGGACAUGAGAUGCGUCUAUUUUCAGAAGCCGCUCUUGGAAUCUGGAACCCUGGGUACCAAGUGUAACACCCAAAUGGUUAUACCUCACCUGACUGAGAAUUAUGGUGCUUCUCGAGAUCCCCCUGAGAAGCAGGCGCCUAUGUGCACAGUUCACUCUUUUCCGCACAAUAUUGAUCACUGCCUAACAUGGGCCCGUUCAGAAUUUGAUGGCUUACUCCAGAAAACUCCGAGUGAAGUGAAUAAUUUUUUAUCCAACCCAAAAGAAUAUGCUUCUUCCAUGAAAAAUGCUGGUGAUGCUCAGGCUAGGGACCAACUUGAACGUGUCCUCGAGUGCCUUGACAAGGAGAGAUGUGAAACAUUUGAUGAUUGUGUCACAUGGGCACGGUUGAAGUUUGAAGAUUACUUCUCCAACCGUGUGAAGCAGUUGAUUUAUACUUUUCCUGAGGACGCAACUACGAGUACAGGUGCACCAUUCUGGUCUGCUCCGAAGCGGUUUCCCAACCCACUGCAGUUCUCUUCUAGCGAUCCAACGCACCUUCAGUUUGUCAUGGCUGCUUCUAUAUUGAGAGCUGAGACAUUCAGGAUUACUGUUCCUGACUGGGCCAAGAUCCCAAAUAAGCUGGCUGAUGUUGUCGAUAAGGUCAUAGUUCCUGAUUUUCAGCCCAAGAAGGAUGCUAAGAUUGUUACGGAUGAGAAAGCAACCAGCAUAUCCUCUUCUUCUAUUGAUGAUGCUGCUGUCAUUGACCAACUUGUCAUUCAGCUAGAAGACUGUGCAAAAAAGCUACCCCCAGGAUACUUGAUGAACCCAAUACAAUUUGAGAAGGAUGAUGAUACAAACUACCAUAUGGAUUUCAUAGCCGGGCUUGCAAACAUGCGUGCAAGAAACUAUAGCAUUCCAGAAGUCGAUAAACUCAAAGCCAAAUUUAUUGCUGGAAGAAUUAUCCCAGCCAUUGCCACAACCACGGCUAUGGCAACUGGCAUUGUCUGCCUGGAGCUCUACAAGGUUCUUGCCACCAAUCACAAAGUCGAAGACUAUCGCAACACAUUCGCAAACCUCGCACUCCCGAUGUUUUCCAUUGCUGAGCCAAUGCCACCGAAGGUGAUGAAACACAGGGACAUGAAAUGGACCGUGUGGGACAGAUGGACCAUCGAAGGGGACGUCACCCUGAGGGAGCUCCUUGAGUGGCUCAAGGAAAAAGGUCUCAAUGCUUACAGCAUUUCUUGCGGCAAUUCCCUGCUUUACAACAGCAUGUUCCCCAAGCACAAGGAGAGGAUGGACAAGAAGGUUGUAGAACUGGCGAAGAGUGUGGCUAAGUUGGUUAUACCUCCUUACAGGCGCCAUGUGGAUGUUGUCGUCGCUUGUGAGGAUGACGAGGAUAAUGACAUUGACAUUCCACUGGUCUCCGUAUACUUCAAGUAGAUGACUCGAAGAUUUUACUUAAGAUACCGAAAAAAGUACUGAAAUCAGAACUAUGUAACAAAUGUGAUUCAUUUAGAAUACCAGUUCCUGUAUAACGUUGAAUUUUCUGGGCAAGAUAUGCCAUUAUCUUGUACAUUGAUCCGUUAUAUCCUUGUUUCCAAUACCUUAAUAGAGACGGCCAGAUGCCUCAGUUUCAUUGUUA